CCAUUUUUGACCCUGGUAAAGAGCACGUUUUAUUUCUCACACCAACCCCAACUUUCUCCAAUCUCCCUUUCCUCCAUUUCAAGCGUGAAAGGAAUUCCAGAAUCCCAGCAAUUGUCUGAGUUUGGUGAACCAAUUCUCAAAACCCUCAAUUUUUAGUGUCUUCCUUAUUAAUCUUUGAUCUUCCCAGAAAUCAAGUGUUGCAAAGUAACCCAAAAAUCAUGGGUGUCCUCCCUAAAAUUGCGCCAUCAAUGCUAUCCUCGGAUUUCGCAAAUUUGGCUUCUGAAGCUCAACGUAUGCUUGAUUUUGGCGCUGAUUGGCUUCAUAUGGAUAUUAUGGAUGGGCACUUUGUCCCAAAUCUUACAAUUGGUGCUCCAGUUAUCGAGAGUCUAAGAAAACACACUCAGGCAUAUCUAGACUGUCAUCUUAUGGUCACAAAUCCACUGGAUUAUGUGGAGCCAUUAGGAAAAGCUGGUGCUUCUGGUUUUACGUUUCAUGUUGAGGUCUCUAAAGACAACUGGCAAGAGCUUGUUGAAAAGAUUAAGUCAAAGGGGAUGAAACCUGGUGUUGCGCUGAAGCCUGGGACACCCAUUGAAGAAGUUUACCCUCUGUUGGAAGGACAUAAUCCAGUUGAAAUGGUCCUUGUUAUGACUGUGGAGCCUGGAUUUGGUGGGCAGAAAUUUAUGUUAGAAACAAUGGAUAAGGUUCGUGCAUUGAGGAAGAAGUAUCCGUCCCUUGAUAUUGAGGUUGAUGGUGGUUUGGGGCCAUCUACUAUCGAUGCUGCGGCUUCAGCUGGAGCAAAUUGUAUUGUUGCUGGGAGUUCAAUGUUUGGAGCCCCAGAACCUGCCCAAGUUAUCAAGUUGUUGAGGAAGAGCGUGGAGGAAGCUCAGCAAUAGGUGAAAUCUGGAAACAAUUAUGCUAAGGCAUCAAGGCUUAUUGAGUUGCUCAGAUAAAUUAAUAAUUUUAAUCGAAACUUCUUUUCGGAUUGACGUAAGUGAGUCACGUAAAUUAUACUUGAGACUACAUAAACUUUGUGCAUUGCAAAUACCGUGUAGUGGUUGUAUAUCAUACAAAAUGUAUGUGUAUUGUCGAGUGUGAUUGGUUUAUCGAAGUGGUACUAGCUUGAGCUUUAUUUUUGGGCUUCUCUCUUGUAUUUGUGGAGUACUCUUUUUUCUUACUCCAAAUUAGGUUUAAAUCCCGUGUAAUGCACAGUUGUUAAAUAUUUUUGACAAUAAUAUUACAAAAUAUAAAGUAUAUAAAGAUAUUCAGAAAUA